AAGAUAAUAAAAUACGAGAGUCUUUGGUUCGAAAAAUAAAGCGGCGCGCCUUAGUUCGCCUUUUCCAGUUCCCGGCGGUUCCUCUUUCAAAUCUUCAAUCCCAAUGGUUGGAAAUGCACAGUAAUCUUCAAUGGAGCAACAAGUUUGGAGCUUGUGCGGGAAGUCUGUCGACAGAGAUAAGCCUCUUUCUCUGCAAGCUCUAGCUUCCAUGAGGUCUCUUAUUGUUAAUCCUCACACUUCCAAUUCCACAAUCUCUUCAAUUCUUGAAACCCUAACUCACUCUCUCAAACUCACUGGUGAUCCACUCACUUACCACCACACUCUCAAGCUACUCACCGACCUCGCAUCACACCGUUCUCACCUUUCACCUCUUAUGUUCCAUUCGGUCUUCAACUCUCUCCUUUCCGCCAACUCAGUUCUCCUUGCUACUGAAUCACUCGUCGCACUCUCUUCGAUCUCAGAGAGCAAUCAAAAUUUACCAAUCGAGCUUGAUGAUAGAUUCUUUGUUUCGCUGUGCUUUGGUGCCUCAAUUUCUGCACGGAUGUGGCUUCUAAGAAAUGCGAAGAGGUUUGGUGUAAGGCCAUACGUCUUAUUCACUGUGUUUUUGGGAUUUACAAAGGACCCUUAUCCCUAUGUGAGGAAAGAAGCUUUGGAUGGAUUAGUUGGUUUGUGCAAAUACGACGUUUUUGAGGAUCAGACUGUUAUUAAAGGAUGCUAUUGCCGUGGUGUUGAACUUCUAAAAGAUGCAGAAGAUUCUGUACGGUCUGCUGCAGUUCGUGUGGUCAGUGAAUGGGGUCAAAUGCUUAUUGCAGCUAAUCGAGAGGAAGAUAAAAUAAAAUGGUCAAAUACAGUAUUCCUACAGCUUGGUUCUAUGGUAAGAGAUAUGAAUGUUGGAGUCAGAAUUGAAGCAUUUAUUGCCAUUGGAAGGAUACAAAUGGUAUCUGAGGACAUUUUAUUACAAACCUUAUCUAAGAAGGUCCUACCAGUAAUGAAAGAAAAGAAAUCUCACAGUCUAUGCACUGCAGACAGUUUAGAAAUUUUAGCAGCAACUGCUGCUGGAGCGUUUGUUCAUGGGCUCGAGGAUGAAUUCUUUGAGGUGAGAAAAUCUGCCUGUUACUCAUUGCGGAAUCUCAUCAUACUUUCUGCUGAGUUUUCUGGUCGGGCCUUAAACCUGUUGAUGGACAUGCUGAAUGAUAAUUCAAUGGUUGUCAGGUUAGAAGCUUUGGAAACAGUGCAUCAUAUGGCAACCUCUGGUUGUCUAACUGUGCAAGAGAUGCACAUGCAUAUGUUUCUUGGCACCUUAGUUGACAGUGACGAUUUAAUAAGGUCUGCUGCGAGAAAAAUUUUUAGAUUGGUGAAGCUGUCGUCUUUGGAGUUAUUUAGACUAUCUGUUGAGGGCAUUCUUGAGAGUUUGCAGAAAUACCCUCAGGAAGAAGCUGAUAUCUUCUCUGUUUUGUUUUAUAUGGGUCGAAGCCAUGGGAACUUUACGGCCUGCUUUAUUAAGGAGGUUUCUCAAGAGAUAGAGCCAGAUUCUAAUGGACAUUUGGGCCUAGAUAGUGCAAGAGUGGCUGCAUUUCUUGUACUUGCCAUCUCGGCUCCACACUCAUGUGAUCAGAAUGGCCAAAGUAUUCCACCUAGAUUUUUCUCGUAUGCAGUUACAUUGCUAGGGCGGAUUUCUUCUGCUCUGAGAGAUGUUGUGGACCAGAAUACGCUUUUGGAAUAUUUAUCUCAAUGCAGUAGAUCCUCCAUUUCUUCUGGCAUGGAAAUUGAAGAGGAGGAAUCACUGCUGCCUUUAGUUAAUGCUGAUGUUACAUCACAUACUUGCAUGGAUGGUAGUAAUCCUGUUGCAAUGCCCGUAUGUAGUGGAAAUUCUGAAUUUCAGCCUGUGUUAUCCUGUGAAAAUGGGGAUGCAGUGACUUUACUUGGAGAAUUCCAGCAGGAAGAGAAUGAUCAAGUCAGGAAUUCUGUGAAUCUUAUCCUUGCCAAGGUCAAAGAUAUAUGGCUGUUGGUACAAUCAAGAUCCAUCAGUGAAGCCCUAAAUACCAUGAGGGCUUGUAAGAAAGAGUUGGCAAUGUUUACUCCUGUGUUGCCUGAACCUUCUGCUUCAUUGGCAUUUACUUUGCAAUACCUCAAGGUAAUUAAACUGCUUGCUAAGAUAACAGGGCACAUUAUGCGGAAGGUCCAGUCUUAUGAAAUUGGAGAAAUAGAGAUUCUCUUUGGUAAAUUAGAAAGGAGGCUUAGGGAAUUGAGGUGUAGGUUUAUAGGGCUUUCUAAAGAAGAAGAGUCGCUUAUCUUUGAGCUUAUAGUUGUGGCAUGCAUACUGAGGUUGUGCAAACUUGAAGUUUGUUGCUACCUUGAUACUUUGAAAAAGCUGUCUACUACAAUUUCACUUUUAGAAUCUCUUCACGAGGAAGGAUCUAUCGAAUUGUCCAAUUUUGUGAUGGAAGUUAGUAAAACUUUGCCAGAGAUAGGCACUUUAAAUGGAGGAGUUUCCUUUUGUCCCCUUAGGUUUGCGAAUUUGAUUAAUCACUAUUCUGUUAAGCAGUUCAAUUUAUAUGGAGUAAGGCAUUUAUCCGGAGCAUUGGAUGUUCCUGAUAAUGAUUCUGAAAACCCUCUUCCUUUUGUCUUGGGCUUACCUGUAGCCAUACCUUUAGAGAUUACUUUACACAAUGUUUCAAGUGAUGCUAGGUUGUGGCUUCGGAUGGCAAUGAAUGAAGAGCUGGUUCAGUUUGUCUUUUUAGAUUUGAACAUUCUUGGAGGCUGUGAUGAGGUGAAGAAACUUACAUUUACUGCACCUUUUUACAGAACUCCAAGAGCAGGUUCCUUCACAUUAAGAAUUUGUGUUGGAAUGGAAUGCUUGUUUGAGGAUGUUCAUUCAGUCAAAAGCCUUGGAGGUCCGAAACAUGCAUUAGUAUAUAUUUGCCCUGAAAAAGAAGUUUAUCUGUGCUCAGUUUAGGACUAACUGGCUUUGUGACGAUGAUUACACCAAUUUUUCAAAAGCCACACAUUGAUUACUAAACCCAAGCCAUCUGCUGGCUAGAAAUUCAUGCGUCAGAAUGACUCGUGUAUGGAACUUUGAUGUUCCUUCUGGUGGUCAUGGAACUAGCUUCAUUCCAGAAGGGUCCAGAUCAGCUUUCAUGGAACUUGCUUAUUUCCCAUGAUGUUCAUUCAAAAAAUGUUUCCAAUUACCCGAAUGGAACUUCCAAAACUAUUCUUGGAAAUUUGUUGAAGUUGAUGCUUCGAAGAAUGUGAAUUGUAUAAUUAUAACAGUCGCUCUAUGAAGGUAUGCCUGCUUCUGCCUUGCUUUUAAAUUUCUGCAUCACUUCUACCUUGGUCGUAAUGGAAAGGGAUGUUAGUUGCAAACCCAUCAUGCCUCUAACCAUUGCCAUGCUUACAGACUCGCACAACGCGAGCGAGGACAUUCUAUUCAUCUUCUUCAGUGGUGUUUUAGAUCUCCAGCCCCAAGUUUGACCCUUUUUCUUUUCAAUGUUUAUCCUGCCUUUGUUAUACAAAUCCCUUUUGGUUUUGUAGGUAACUAAUAAAUAUAUGUGUGUUCGUAUCAUUGCUUGAAUCAAUCUGGAGUCAGUUUUUA